CGUGGCGCGCACUCCUAGCCUAACUCAGUGUCCCCUCGCGGUCCGUACACUCCGCCCCUCUCCCUGCACUACACCCGCCGGAGCUCUCUCCUCUCUCUCUCUCUCUCUGCUACUCCUGCCGGAGAUCCGCACCAGUUGGCCUUCCUUCAGUUCUUGGUGCAAUCCAAUCACUGAAAAUAAGGAUAGAGAAAAAGGUCUCUUUACUAGGAGAUCCGCUAAGUCACUUUCAAAGCUUGAGGAAUAUAUAGAAAUAUAUAUAUAUAUAAAUAUUAUAUAUAUAUAUAAAGUAUUUUCCAGUGUCCACGCUAGGUGAAAUAUAGUUCUCGCUACUUGACGGCUGUUGUCUGCAGUUUCCACAGCGCUCCUCGCGUUCAGUUUGUUGUUUCAACGAGAUUUUUGGGCGGCGUUGAGGCCGCGAGCGACGGGCGUGGAAGGUGCAGGCAUCGGCCGGUAGCAGCGAAGAACACGUGGUGGCUGGCCCAGGUGUCGGCCCCGUGCCCCGGCGAUCGAGUUCCAACCCUCCGUCAGCAGGUGGCAUCGUUCCUGCAGCAGUGAUUGCUAUUGCUGCUGCUGCAUCUGUUGCUGUCACGUCUCUCACUACUACUACUGCUGCACCUGCCACCGGGAUGCUGUUCGUCCCCCUGCCGCUACCCGGGCUCGUGCCCACGGGUGCCCACGGGUCUCCCUCCACGCCUGGGGCCUCGCCCGCCCCUGCCAGCAUGAAGGUGAGGCAGGGCGCCGUCAACCCCUAGAGAGUAGUCGGGUAGUAGCGGCACCAAAGGGCCCGACCAGCCAAGGGGCGGCCCUAGAGUAGCCUAGAUGUUGUGGCCGAGCGGCAAGUGGCCAGCAGUGUGGUUGUGUUGGUGAGCCGUGUGGUGGCGGCCGUGUGGGGGGAGCAGUUUUGCUGUGUGUUGUAUCAUAGUGUUGGGGGCGGUGCUGCUGCAGCUGCUGCAGUAGGGCGGUGUUCUUGCUGUGUGCGGCGUGCACUGCCGUUAUUAUAAGGUGUGGAAAUCACGCGGUGUAGUGAGCCCUCACGCCCACGCCCGCCACCUCUCGCUUCCCCAUCCCGGUCGUAAGCGGAUUUACUCUGAUGCACCAGGACGCCCAAGACAUGAAGGACGCGGAGACGGCCAUCACUAACAUGAACGGACAGUGGAUUGGUUCCCGGAACAUCCGGACCAACUGGGCAACCCGCAAACCUCCGGCACCCAAAAAUAACGACGCCAAUCAGAAGCCGCUGACGUUCGAUGAUGUGUACAACCAAUCAUCGCCUACCAACUGCACGGUGUACUGCGGCGGCAUUACCAAUGGACUGUCUGAGGAACUUAUGCAGAAAACGUUUGCGCCUUACGGACAGAUUCACGAGAUCCGGGUCUUCAAGGAUAAGGGCUACGCCUUCGUCAGGUUCUCCACGAAGGAGUCCGCCACCCACGCCAUCGUCUCCGUACACAACUCUGAGAUCAACGGCCAGCCAGUCAAGUGUUCGUGGGGCAAGGAGUCAGGGGACCCCAACAACACUCCCGUCACUACACAAGUCAUGACCCUCACCGAUGUGUCCGAAUGCUUGUCUUUGCAGCCGCUGCCUGGGUCGCAGUACCCGUACAACUACGCGGGACAGAUGGGCUACUGGUACCCACAGGGGUAUCCGCCCCAGGUGCAGAGUCAACAGUUCCUGGGCAUGCAAGGGUUCGCCUAUGGACAGUAUGGCUACCAACAGGGGAUGGCGGGAAUGGCAGGAGUGCCAGCCUGGCAAGGAGUGCCACAGCCUCAGCUACCCACGGGGCAAAUGCCGCAGCUGCAGCAACCAGCGUCUAUGGUGGGCGCUUAUCCGGUACAGCAGUUUCAGCUAUCGAGCCCCUACCUCCUGGGCAGCACUCCUGGCACCCUGGUGCAGUAAUGGAGGCGGUCCAGGGACACUACUGUGGGUCCUCCCGUGUCCUCUCUCCUCCUCCUCCUCCUCUUCUGGUGGAUGGAAGCUUCACAAGAUGUCACACUGAACUCCUCCUGACUAUGUGAUAAUAUCGCUGACAACGCAGUGUUUAGUGGAUAUCGUGGUUGUUACAUACCGCUGCUCCCAGUCUGCCGUGUUGUUCGCUAACAACCAUGAGACUACCUGAGCGAGCUGAUGGGGUGGUGGUGGGGCCUCGCGCGGUGCUGACCUCGCGUUACCCAAGACUUUUGCCAUCUGUUGACCUAUUCAGUGGGUAAACCUAUUCUUUACUACCCUCCCUCUCCUAGCCCUACCCUUCCUUUCCUACCUUAACCCUUGCCCUCCUUACCUAUAGCCCCCAUGCUCCUGAGUCAAGCCACUGUCAGUUCAGCGAGUAUGGCGAGAAGGAGAGACUUGCAUAUUAUUCCAAUAAGUCCCAUUAUCUGUUGGGGAAAAUAGUGUUGAUAACAACGGUCCCUACUGAAGUUCCAUUCAAAUGGACUCACAAGAGGUCCAGGCAUGCACACCACAAUAACCUGGAUGGUCACAGGUGUAGCUACCUGGAUUAAGAGGGCCUUGGCAGGUAGUUGUAUAGUUGUAGCUGUCAAAGGCUGUUAACCGCACAAAGGGUCCACCACGGGUAACAAUGGGUGCAAUUUGUAGAAACGCGGGCGUGCUAAAUACAGUGAUCCUUCCAGUAUUAUGGGCGUGGGCGUGGACAUGGGCGUGAUAGAUCCGCCCAGCCUGGUCAGCUCACGCGAAGGCCCCCGUCGCUGACUGUGUGGUCGCGCCGCAAUGUUGCUGGUUUCAUAUUGUUGCAACUCUGUCUGUAGCUGCAUCAUUACGUCUAGUGCAGAAACCCCGUUCUUCAAGCCUCUCUCUCCACUGCAGAAUCUUCUCAAGUGUCAAUAUCUUCACAACAGAACCACUUUUAAAGCAUCUUAGUGUAUGCAAAAAUUCGUCUUCAAAAAUCAGUGUUGACAAUAUAAAGAAUCUCUUAUGUUUCUCAAUCAAAAGUGUUGCCAGCAAGAUAGGCUCCUUUAUAACCAAAACUCCAAGACAGGAACGUCUUUAUAUUCAAUAUUUUAUUUGAAAGCAUUAUCUCAAAGCCCAGUUAGAGGAAGACCUCUCAACUCUCCAUAUUUUCCUGUACAAAAACCUUCUCUACUCAAGGCAACCCUUCUUCAAGACCGAAAACUUGUCCUCCAAGUCUUACCAUCAUCAAGACAGAUCCUACCACAAGCGAUAAAGAACUUCCUCCAAUUCCCAGUAACUCUAAAACAAAUCCUUUUCCAAGACAGAACUCCAAAGCCCCAGUAUAUUCAAGACAGAACAUCAGAGCCCCAAAUAUUUUCAAGACAGAAGUACCUACCAGACAGAACUUUCUUUAUCCCUCAGUAUCUCCGAAACAGAACCCUCACCAGGCCCUUACAUCACCAAGACGUAACUCUUCCAAGGCUCAGAAAACGCUGAUUUCUAAGGUUUAGUAGUGAGAUUCUUCAGAAGGGUAACAGUGUGCCACAUAUCAGAUAUCACAGAAAUGAAGACGAGUCUAGAAACAGCAGCAACAUUAGCUUCACUGGCCACCAGGGUGUACAUAAGAAAUAUAUAGUGCAGUAUUACUAAGAUAUAACAAUGCCCUCUUAAGUAAUUUCAUGAGCACAGACAAUGGUUUAAAAGCGUUGUUAUAUUUGUGUGCGAGGUUCUAUAUUUUCUUAUGGUAUUGUAUAAUGGGUUUUGAAAAAAUGGUAAAUAUUUUAUUUAGGAGGGCUUGGUAUGUUGAUGCUCGCAAUGUACAAACUCUCAUUCUGGGAAUCUGGUGACUAUGUUCAAUGGGACACUCUCUAUGUGUGUAUAGGUGGUGGGUGUGUGACGUGAUCUGUAGAAUGGUCCUCCUCCCCCCUCCCUUUCCCCCAGAAACCCAUGUAGGUAGUUGUAGGCCAAUUUCUUUGGUUAUUUUUUGUGACUGUUGAGUGAUUCUACUAUGUUCUGCCAUCCUGUAGUUUAAGUGUGUGCUGUCGGUGUGGAGCCUCACCCUAGAUAUCUGUGUAGGUGUUGCCAAGCUUGUAGUGCGCGCUAGUCAUUCAGUGGGCUUGUAGUGGCCUCGCUGCUGCUAAAGCCGCCGCAGCAUGAGCCACGGAACAGUAUCGUAGCCUCCUGUAGCCAAAAUGCUUAGUGUAAGGCAGUCAUGUAUACCGAUGGUAGUGUAUUGUAGCAGCGCGGGGUCGGACUGGCUGGAGGCACCUGCGAUCGGCUGAGCCGUACCAAGUACCACUGUCACGUACCAGGGCGCCGUGGCCAGCCCUGCCCCCCCUGCUGUAGCAUACAAAUGCUGCCGAGGACUCAGUACCGCCGCUUGUGGGCAGGGGCUGCCCUCAGCCGCCCUCAGCAGGGCACCCCGCUCGCCCGCGACAAACCACCCUGAACUGCGGUCAGCUUUCACUAGGUUAAUAAGAAGAAUGUAAUAUAUAUUCAUAAUAUAAUGAUACAUAUAUACUGCAUAGGAAAUAUGCACUAUCUAUCGUACGUAGGUUGUCCCAGGUGCCGCGUAGCGAGAGUGGGGGGCGGUGAUCCCCCCUUCGCCCGCAUCACUGAUGAGGGUGGCCCUAUAGGGUCCCCCUCACCUGCCACGGGGGGCUGGGGAGGCCGCUGUUGGAGGUGGGGGGGUCAUAUACCAUGAGGGGCUGCCUCCCCUCCCUCCUCGCACCAAUACGGGUCUAACAGUGAAGGCAGUGGGCCGUGGCAAACCCGUUGGGCCACAAUUAGCCCACAUAUGCCCAUCAGGCAGCCUCCAGAGCCCCGGUAAGUGAGACUAUAGUGACCUCGCCUCCCACCACCUGCUCCAGGCAUCAUUAAUCUGACCUAGGCCACAGUAUUACGACCGUAAUAAAGUAUUGCUAAGUUAGGCGAGCGCGGGCAAGUGUGUAUAUAGCACUAGUGCCGCGGCCAGGGUGCGGCCCGGCCUGGCCAGUGCAGCCUCCGCGGGCUGUCCGGGUCCAAACAUGCCCGAGCAUCGCAGGUUGGUGGCGGCAGAAGUCUAGGCUCAGACCUGGCCUGCAGCUGUUGAGAAAGAGCAAGAGGGCCGCAGGUCGUCGUUUGUCGUUGUUGAUGUGAAGAGUUGAGCACGAUGCCCCCGCUGGCUAGUUGUGUGUGGAAUCGCCUGCCAUCCAGAGGGCAGGACAGUCAUGACGACUUUAUAUCGUAACUGUAGUAAUAAUAUUGGUGGUGUUUAUUAAACAGAAGUCAGAAAUCUAGUCAAUAUUAUUUUGUUUUACAGAGUUGAUAAUGAGAGUAUUUUUACAUGUGAAAACACUGUCUAUUUAUUAUUUUUAGUAUACGCUUAAUUUAUCGCUGGUGAACGUCAAGGCAAAGAGUCCGUCUGCCACACUCCCGGCCACGUUUCCUCACCUCCUCAUCUCUCGGCACCAGUAAUCUCGACAAUGAAAAACAAAUAUAAAUCCCAAAGGUAACCUUCACAUUUAGCAAAAAAUCUAUCCCAAUCCCUCCCCUCUCCCAUCUCUUCCUGUCGCCUAUGGCCAGACUGCUAUUCUUAACUCUCAAGAUACUUGGGAAAACGUAACUCAAUCAUGGCCAGGGGCCUCGCCCAGGAAAGACACACUGAAGUCUAAACGUUUUUUUUUCGUUAUGAAAACGUUCAUCACGUUUAAUUAACGUAAACAAAACGUGAAGGUUAUGCAGUGUGUUUGCUGGGGAUCUGUCACUCGACCCUUGCCCCCUCUCCCUCCCUUUCCCUAUUUCAUACAAUAGUUGUGGUCGGGGCGGUAUUCUGUGGCCCCCCGACCCAUUUUUACACGUUCAUACAAGUGGGUUUGUAAGGGUAUAUUAUCCCCCCCAUGAGUGAGGAGGGUCGUGGAGUGUGGUGGUGUGGGCAACUUGCCUCACCAGGUAGGUUAGAGGAAGUCUCAGGGAUAGGCCUACCAUCAUUCGCCGCCCCCCCCUGGACCACUCAACCCUUCGUUCAGAGUUCCGUUCCUUGAUUUUUGCCCAUGGGUGAAAGUUCUAUUUUUAGCACAAAGCUGCUCAGAAUAUAAAAGAAUGAUUAUGAUACCUUAUUAAAUGUUUUAAUUUUCCGGGAUAAAAUCCUCAACAUACAGUUAUCAGAUUAGAGUUUUUAUACUAAUGAAAGGUAAUAAUAAUAAUAUUAAAGAAAGAUUGCCAUUGGGUAAUUGUGUUUUGAUACCCAUACGCUGUUUUACAUCCAAAACUCCAAUAAACACAUGCGUUUACAUGUAAUUAAUAUGAGAAAAAUUGAAAUUAGAUUGUAUGGAUUUCAUUGUGACGUGUAGUGCUGGUAAAAUAGUAGUCCCCCCUUCCCCCCCCAGCGUCACCCAGUACUCCUUUCCCAGCUCUCAGGUGGUUCGUCCCUGUGACACUUUGUCCCUGCGACACUGUUUGUCUCUGCGACACUGUUUGUCUCUGCGACACUGUUUGUCCCUGCGACACUGUUUGUCUCUGCGACACUGUUUGUCUCUGUGACACUGCGCACCACUUUAUAAUCUAUGGACAUUCUUAGACGAAAAAAAACGCUAGUCAUAAUGAAAUCCAAUCGCCAAAGAAUGAUUGUAUAGUUCUUUUUUACAUGUGGGGUCUCUACUGUAUUACGCCAUUUAUACAUGAAAGACACAGUUGUUGUAGAUAAUCUAUACCGGGAUGUAGUAUAUGCUAGAGUGGAAUAAGACAUGGUACAGUUUAAACAAUAAAACAAUGGAGAAAUAA